AUGUCACGACUCGGAUCGCGACUGCUGCCUGAAUCCGUUGCUCGAGGCAUAUUAAACAGUGGGUUCGAGUCAUCGCAGGAAGGUCGUGCGCCACGAAAUGAGAAUUUGGAAGGCUCACGCCCAUCUAUCUACGAGAGGCCACCAAACUCAGAUUCCAACAGUCGAAUAUCGCUCACUGGCUCUAUCAGAAGACGAGGCGAAUAUCGUUCCAAUCUCAGACGGCGCGCAAUCCGAGGACCCUUCCCCGUCCCACAAGGUACCCAGGGAUCUUUCGACUCCACUACCUCACGGGGUGAAUCUUCCGACGGUAUUCGACAUUUGUCACCUCCUAUCAUGAGCUCGAUUCGUCAAAGAAACCGAUUUAGUCGGAUCCGCAGCUCGGCUUCUAUCUCCUCCAGGAUUUCUAGUCUAUUUGGACAAUCCACAGAGCAAUUCGACAUAGAGCGAGCGGCUCACGAGACUCCUACAGAGUCAGCGAGAGAUGCUCUUGCCAAUUAUUCCGAUCAUUCACUUCCCUCACUCGGGUCCGUCGACCGCCAGCAUGACCAUGAUGAAGCUCCACAUGAAUUGGAUGCAGUCGAACCAGAAGCUCGAACACUCCUAUCUGGGACACGGGCUACUUCAGGCAUGAGCACUAUCCGACGUUUUCAGCCUGGUCUGCGCUCACGUUCGACCCGUCUUAUCCGACGUGGCGAACACCCGCCGCUAUCCCAGGUCUUGCAACUUGCGGCAGCGGCCAUUGCAGCCCAGCUUUCCGGUCAUACCACGCCGGGCCGUUCUGGGGCACGUCAUCAAGGUGGUGACACCUUCGAUGGCAGUAUCCAGAAUUUCGUUCAAACGCUACAAGAUGCGGCGACUGCUCAGGCUGGAGAAAACAUCGAUAUGAAUGCAGCCGAUGGUGACCUUCCACCAGUCAAUUUCAUGAGAGUAUUCCAGUUUCCCAACGACGAGAAUGGCUCCCCUAUCGCAUCCCAGGCACAAUCCAGAGAUGCGGAUCAGAUGGAUUUGGACUCUAUUGCAGGACCCGGUGAGAGUGACCGGUCAGUGACAUUGGUCUUGGUCGGGGUCCGAUCUCUGCCCCACGGCCAUGACAGUCCUGGCGGAGAAAGCGGUGCAUUGGGUCCAAGUCUUGACACCCUCUUGAGCCUACCCUUCUUGCCGCCGGCAAAUGUUAUGCGCAAUGGCAGCUCCGGGGCAUUGUUUCGCCGGUCUGACGGAAGAGCACGGUCUAGCCCUCGAAGACACUCCAUGACUAACUUCAGCUUUCCCGCACAAUACGAGACCCAGAGGCAUCAACGCACGAGAACACAGGGAAGUCGAUCGUCCAACAACUUGGAUCCGAAUAUACCCGCCACCCCCGAGGCGGGCGGCGCGUCCCAUCUGCUUUCGGAAAGUCCACCAGGGCCUCAUCCUCCUCCAUCCACCCCCGCCGACAUUAGGAGCGGCCAAGCGACUCCGAUACGGCGACCAUCAUCGGCAUCAGCCGUGCAGAAUCCAAAUCUCCCAGACCUUGUGGAGGACCGUUCUCAACAAGAUCUGGAGACUUCUACACCACCUGAACCUUCCUUCAGCGCCGCUCGGCAGAGGAGGCGAAGCGACUCGGAAUUUGCUCGUCGUCCAGAACUCGGAUCAGGUGCAGCACGGCGGAAUGGCGUCGUGGAGCCCGAUCAUCCUCCGGCAGUAGUGGGACGCAGCUGGUUGAUCUAUGUUGUCGGCACAAACGUCUCACCAGAUCAUCCCGCCUUUACAAUGCCCAGCUUGUUUACCGACAAUCCCUCAUACGAGGACAUGCAGAUGUUGUCCACACUACUUGGACCAGUCAAGCCUCCGGUGGCCACACAGGAGGAUGUGACGUCCGCUGGUGGGCUCUUCCGCUUGAAGAUCCAGGGCACCGGCUACCUUGGAGAGGCACUCUCCGAUGAAGACACCUCCACGAUUGAGGUCAGUGCGGGAGAGCGAUGCCUUAUCUGCUUGUCAGACUAUGCUGAACUGGAGGAAGUACGGCGCCUGGACAAGUGCCAGCAUUUGUAUCACCGCGAUUGCAUUGACGAGUGGCUGACAACCGGCCGGAAUAGCUGUCCCAUGUGUCGCGGCCAAGGUGUGCCGGAGAAAUCCAAUGCUUCAAGUGUCAAUACUAGUACUCCACCGCCAACCACGGCAUGA